GUGCAACCUCCCUGCAGGCAACCCAAGAUGACCAAAAUGUUUGCUGCGGUGACUCUUGUCCUGGCGCUUUGUUGGCUGGCUGUGCUGUCCUGUUCACGGCACCAGGUUGCACUUGGAGCUGUGAUUGAAGAGGACAAAGAUGGAAGGCUAGUCAUCAACACCACGGACCCGGCACAACCCGUGUUGGUGAAUGGGGUCGACGUGCAGGCAGUGCACCAAGAACUUCAGGGGCUGCGUGCAGCUCAGAUGGCGCAGACAAUGAUAGCGAGUCAGGUCUCCACACUAUGGAGUGUUGCCACUGGUCAAUCACAGGUGUGCGCUAUUGGCUUGGAAGUCGCAGCACAGCUGGGAGAGAAAUGCGAGACGCAACUGGCCGGGGGUGCCACAAAGCCGUGGACGCUCGCUGCGCGGUUCGCGAACGACGGCGUUGACACAUGGACUUGGAAUCGGUGCGAUCUCUGGCACAACGCUGCUCUGUUGGGGGAGGCCCAGGGUAGCAGCGAUUUCAAGGGCCGUGCUUGGCUGGCUCCAGCUAAUGAUCUCCUCUUCCUCUCAAAUACAGGCGAGUGGAUUGCAUACGAGAACGCGCUGGGCAGCCAAUCCCUCGCGGCUCUCUUCACGGAAUAUCCUACCACCGAUGAUGUGUUUGUCAACCCAAAGGACUCGGACGUUGGUCCACACCAAAACACAUGUGGGUUCGCUUGGGGCUUCCGUCACAACAAUGGCUGCCCAUUUGACGAUGUUGGCUCGUUCGGUUCCUUCGGUCCCAACUCAGACAAUCCGAGCUCUACUCCUCCGCACACUCUCGUGCUACGGGAGCACGAUUCCUUCCUAAGUUCUGAACCGAAAGUUGUACUGGAUGGCAAUGCACCAACUACCACCACUUCGAGAUCCUGCAUUGUCACCAUCACCAACACCAACACCAACACCAGCCCCUUGUUCUUUCAGCAAGGACCACGCUUUCGCAUCCAGAUGGCUGGUGUGUUUGGUGUGAGGCUGGCAGAGAUGCUGCCUCACCGACGAGGGGACGGGGAAGACUGGCAGAUGGUGUCACAGCGCGACGACUGGUCAAAGGAGCGCCGGGAAGCAUUUGCUCGGCUCGUGGACACGCUGGAAGAGGCGUCGUUGGCCGACGAGGCGCAUGCCCGCUCAGAGCAGAGCGGCGUCUGGACAACACCACCCGCAGACAUGCAAAUCUUUGACAUCAAGCGGGCGACUGAGCAGCUGCGAUACCUGUUUUACACGAUGGAAUGGAACAAGGUUUUUCUGAAGUGGCUCAUGGCAACGGCGUUUGAAGUCCUGCCCAAACGUUUGCUCAUCUUUCUUGUCCGCACCCUCAAGUACCUCCACACGAAGGUGCCGGAGGUGUUUGAUGAGAGCGGACUGCUCGACUACCACGCACCGGCCCGCCUCUCCAUGAGCUCGGCGUUAAAGCGGUGGAUCACAACACACUCAUCGCCACCACCUCCGCCCCGCACUGGCGACGUGUCACGUGAUGUGCUCGUGGUUUUGGCGCCUUGCGAGUACUCGUGGGACAGCCCGCAUCUUCGCCGGUGGAAACAGCUCUUCCAGCACUCAUGGCUCGUUGAAGCCGUCAACGUCACAAUGUCCUCCACAGACGACACGGCGCUCAAGAAGGCGUUUCUGGAGAAGCUGACCUCGUUACAAAAGCAGUACCCCACGCGGAAGCUCGUGCUUGUUGGCUUUGGCGUUGGCGUCAAGGUGAUUGUGACUGCUGCCCAACAUAAGCGCGUCGGUGGGCUCAUCUGCAUGGCCAUGAUCCUGCAGAGCAAAUCCCUGGCCAUGGAAUCGAGUAUCGUGCAGAAGGAUCUGCAGCAACUUGAGUCGCCUGUCGCGUUUGUUGUCGGUACUGAGGCCCGCAAGUCCUCCGUCAAGGCCCUCGAGGAGGCGCGGCCGCAGAUGAAGUGUGCGCGGGAAAUCAUCUCUGUGCCUGGCGGGGACGACACGCUGCGGGUGCACCUGAACAAGAAGAAGGAGCUGCGGAUGACACAGGAUAUGAUUGACAGACAAAAGAUGGGUGUUCUGAAUGUGUUUAUCAAGCGAUACGUGCUGCGCAUCCCGGCAUCCGUCCCCCAACACACCGCGCAAAUGAUGCAGUCUGCCAAGCGCCACGCCGCGCUCUUUGACGAACCCGUGAAGCAGGCUAAGGCGGACACAGCAAGCAGCAAGUGACCACCUGCGAAGAUACACCACGCGCCCUGAGCGCUUCCACUGCUGGUCGGUGGCCAUUCGUCGCUUCCUGCUGUUGGUGUUUCUCCUUCAUCAUCGUAUCGUCUCUGCUUCUCGCUUUCGCAUGCUCCCUCUUUGUUUGUUGCCACUUGCAGUGUGCUUUGCUGUUGUUACCCAAUCUCUCUGUCCCUACUCUGUCCAUACACGUUGUAAAAGCGAUCAUAGCUGUCA